GAAAGUGUGUGUACGUGGUAUGGUAUCUUGCUAGGUAUGGCUUCUUCGUGAGCCCGUCAAGCUUUCGUGCAUAUCGCCAGCCUUCCCCGCAUAUUGAACUGUGUAUUAAAACGGUGAGAGUUCGUUUCUUUGUCCGAGAUCGAUCAACAUGGCCGCGAAAGAUGUCGCGUCGAUGUUUCAAUAUUGGAAAGAAUUCAACUUAACACAGCUUCAGAGAGAAUUAGACGACACAGCGACAGACUUGGCCAACAGACAAGAUGAAAGUGACACAUCAAGAAAGAGGCUGGUUGAACAAAGUAGGGAAUUCAAGAAAAACACACCAGAGGAUGUACGCAAACAGGUUGCUCCAUUAUUAAAGAGUUUUCAAGCUGAAGUUGAUUCUCUGUCAAAAAGGAGCAAAGCGGCAGAAGGAGCAUUCUUAUCGAUCUACAAGAAACUCAUUGACACACCAGAUCCUACAUCAGUAUUAGAAUAUUGCGUCAAUCUGCAGAAGAGGGCUCAAAAAGCACAGGAUCUUGAGAUUGAAAAUCAGAAGCUGAGAGAAACAUUAGAAGAAUAUAACAAGGAGUUUGCUGAAGUUAAAAAUCAAGAGGUGACGAUAAAGAAUUUGCAGACAAAAUUAAAAGAGUAUGAGGAGAGAUCAGAGUCGGUGGCUCAGGCUCGUGCUGAUGAGAAGGAGAAAGAGCUUCACAGAGAUUUCGCUGAAAAAGAAAAGCAACUGCAAGAGAAGCAGAUGUCGGUUGCCAAGAAGCUUGGGGAAGCUGAACUGAAGAUUACAACGCUUCAGAAUACAUUGGAUAACACACAGUCAGAGCUGUUUGAUAUCAAGGCCAAAUAUGAUGAGCAGGGAGCUGCAAAGUCGGAUGAGAUGGAACUACUGAUGACUGACCUAGAGCGAGCCAAUCAGAAAGUAGCAGCCAGUGAGAAGCUUAUUGAGGGUAUGAAAGGCCAGUUACAGUCUGCUAACCAGAGUCUACAUCAGGCUGAACAGAUGCAGAGCGCCCCCAAUGUUGAACAGGCUAUCGAUAUACUAACAAGGUCUAGUCUGGAAGUUGAACUUACAGCUAAAGAGAAAGAGAUCUCCCAACUGGUUGACGAUGUUCAACGUCUUCAAGCAUCAAGCAACAAACUCAGAGAGACCACGGCAGCACGAAUCCAGAAACUUGAAGAGGAACUGACAGCAAGAAAUACUGCUUUUAAGAAACUGGAGGAGAGACUGAAGGGACAGAGUGACUAUGAGGAGAUCAAACGAGAGUUGAGUGUCCUCAAGUCAAUUGAGUUCAGCAGUUCUGACGGAGGAUCAGUCAGUGAGAGGGAUGAAGGCGAGGGAAGCAAUGCCCUACCACCCAAGUCCCUGGAGAUGCUGUUGCUAGAGAAGAACAGGGCUCUUCAGACGGAGAAUACCACACUCAAAGUCAACAAUACUGAUCUCAAUGGAGGAGGAGGAGGAGGGAGUGGGGUAGGACCUGGAGGGCUGGCCCAAGCUCAAGCCUUUGCAUCACUCAUUGGCCAGGAAGUUGCAGCGGCUUACCACCAGCGAACAGCCAUGAACACCCAAGUCCCGGGUUCCCCGAUCAUCCAACCUAUUAUUGUGAUGCCACCGACAUUGAACCCCCAUGCUGCUGCUGCUGCGGCCUCUGCCCCUCACAUGGGUUUCAUCCACCCCAUGGCCCCGUCACACCUUCAUCAACCGCAUACACCAAUGUCCCAGUCUCCUGUCCCAAGCACCAGCCACUCCCAUACACCAGAACCACCUCAGCCUUCGAAGACACCACCCAACACAAUUGCUGCAGUGCGGGAAGCAGCGGCCAGAGAACUGGCAGCCAGAGAGGCAGCCCUGCAGCAAGCAGCCCUCAGGGAACUGGCCAUGUCACACCAGUGGGUGGAUACAGUACAGGUUGCAAGAAGAAUCAAAGACAUUCUUGCUGAUAAUAACAUAGGGCAGAGACUGUUUGGGGAGGUGGUUUUGAACAUGAGCCAAGGCUCAGUGAGUGACUUGCUCUCAAGACCUAAACCAUGGGACAAGAUGACAGCCAAAGGAAGAGAACCAUUCAUCAAGAUGCUUCAGUUCUUAUCCAGUCAUCACCAUCUUGAGAGGCUCAAGAUUUUUAAUCUUCAGAAAAAAGGUAAAGAAUCUCCUCCAGGACCCACUGCCAUAGCAUCUCCUGUCAAGGCUUCCUCAGAUGAAGCCAUCAACAACAUCUUAGCUCUUGCCAAACAAGAAAUGGAAGCCCAGAAAGCCAUGGCUCAUGAACAUGCUAGGCGUAUAGCCCAUGAAAGAGAGGAGCAUGACAGACACUCUCUGCGCUCAAGUCCUGACAGUACCCAUUCGUUUUCCCCAAAGACUCCUCUAAGAAACGAGAGUGAAGCCUUAGAUAUGUCCAUGGGCUCAGAUAUGAGACACCUACGUGACCUUCGGCGGCGGUCUCUCGGAUCUAUAUCGGGUGAUGGAAGAGAGCCUCCAACACCGAACCUAAAUGGAGACAUUGCCAGAAAGGUUGAAGAAACCCUAGAGAAUAUCAACAAAACUCAUGCUAUGAUGCAUGACAACAGUGCCAUGACAGCAGGUUACGGUCCUGGAAGAGCUCCCAAGAGGAUCUUGCCACCUCUGUCCUGUGAUCAAUAUGAAAACAGCAAAGAACUUGAUACAGUUGAUAUUGCAAGGCAGGUGCGAGAACUGCUCGUCAAGGGAAACAUACCCCAAAGGGUCUUUGGAGAGCACAUCAUCGGCAUGUCCCAGGGGAGUGUCAGUGAUAUCCUAUCAAAGCCAAAAACAUGGGACAAGCUCACUAUCAAAGGGAAAGAACCUUUUAUCAGAAUGAAAAUCUGGCUUGAUUGUGGGGGAAGGAUGGACAAACUCAAGGAGCUUGUACGCAGGGGAAACUAUUCCUUCACUGAUAUGUCAAAUUCUUUCCAAGCUGACACUACAACACCGAACUCCAAUUGUUCAAGUCCUUGUCCGAGUGUAGAAGAUCAACCGCUUCCAUUGCUUCCAGCUACGCAUAUCACAAAAUCCUCACACCACCAAAGUUCUACUUCUUCCCCUCACUCUUCCAACUCCACCCCAACUCCCAAAACAACCUCUCCUGCCCCAUUGUCUCAGCCCCCUUCGUCUCCUCGUCCCACGCCCUCACCAAGAGCAUACCUUCAGAGUCCUUCCUCUCCAAACGCCAUGCCUGAGCUUCCUCCUGUACAUGAGCAGGCAGCAAUGAUAGAGUACCUAGACACCUUUGCUGUAACGCAGCAGGUUAAGAACCUUCUUCAGCAGCAUGGCCUAGGUCAGAAGGCCUUUGGUGAAGCAGUUCUUGGACUGACUCAGGGGUCAGUUAGUGACCUUCUAUCAAAGCCAAAGAUGUGGCUGAAAUUGAGCAUGAAAGGAAGAGAGCCUUAUGUCAGAAUGUACCUCUGGUUACAGGACCUGGAAGGCAUUGCCAAAGUCAAGAAUUACAAGCCAAAGAGAAAAGCAAGAAGAUAUGUAAUGGUCAACAUGUCUCCUGGUAAUUCUCAAGGUGUUGGAAGUCCUCCUUCAAAGCGUGCCCGUGUCUUGCUCACACCUGAAGAAAAAGAUUGUCUGAAAGCUUCUUAUGACAAGGAACCGUAUCCCACACAGGCCACCAUAGAUGCCUUAGCUGAACAGCUGAAUCUACCAACAUCCACUGUCAUUAACUGGUUCCAUAACCACCGCUCGAGACUCAAGCGUGGAGCAGCCAACGUGGAUCCGGAGAAUCGUUUGGUGUUCCACACCCACACAGAGAGUGAUAUGUCCGCCAGGCAUGCCUUGAUGCAGGAGGAGGUGUCCCGCAGGGCUGUGCUGGACGAGAGGUUGCGACAGGAAAGGGAAAAUGGGGAUGUUCGGGAAGAUUCGCCACGUGAACGGAUGGAUGAGGAGAGGGUGAACGAUUUGAAGCAGGCCAUCGUUGCGCUGGAGAAUGCAAGCAGAGAGGAGGAGGUUCCAAAUCAGGAAAGAGGAAGGUACCAAGUGAGACAGCCGGAGGAUUGGAUGGAAGGCCAGGAGGAGAUGGAGGAUGUGGAAUAUGAUGAUGAGGAGGAGGUAGAGGAAGAAGAGGAGGAGGACAUUAAAGAUGCCAUUCAUGACAAUGCCAUGGAAGAAGAGCAAAAUGUGCAUGCCGUGGACAGUAUAGAGAAUGGAAGUAAGAGGCCCAAGCAAGGUGCGGACGACACUGUCCAAAGGUUGCAGAAUGGCGUAAAGGAGGAGAAAGGGGAAUGGGAUUUUUAAGACUUUUUGAAGACAAAUCCCCCAUCCACUUACAUUUCUAGGUUGUCCUGUGAAUGCAAUAAACAACUGUUUGGCAGGGAUUAUAAAGUCUGGGGCCUCGUAUUUUUUCACUGUGAUUCACACGUAUUCACUGCCUGUAAUAGACAUGCAGCCAGGUGGCUUCUUCCAAUGGCAGUCUAGACCAUGUCUUCAUGAAAUUUUAAAGUGAUUUUUCUAUUUUUGUGGUAUUUAUUGAACAAAAUGAGCUUUCCUAUUUAACAAUGAUCAAAUAAAGAGUUAAAGAUGUAGGUAUGGAUUGAUGAAUUUGAUAAUCUUCAUUUAUCAAAAUUGAUUAAAAUGUAAACCAAUUGAUUUGUCCAUUGUAUCAUUCCAUGUCUCAUUUUCUUUCCCAAUGAACCCUUUGUAGUUUGUCUAUUUUUUAAAAUUUAAUUUGGUAACAUUCCCAAAAGCAUACUGUUGCAAACAAGUGCAUACAAGCACUCUUAUUUUAGUACACCAUUUUUCAUAGGCAUCAUCCUAAAUUAUUAUUGACAAAGAAGGCAGUGAAGUGAAAAAAAUAUUAUUUGUGGUGCUUGCCUCAUGAUGUUUCAAUUCUCAACAUCACAAGAUUAAGGCAACUUGAGAGCAAAAUCUUCAAAAUUAAUUAUGCUGCACUUUUACACUACUUGUGAGCAUAAAAGGUAGAUACCAUAUUGAACCAAUUUUCUUAUGAAAUUAAUGUGAAUCCUAACUUGAAUUCUGAUAUUAAAUGGAAUGAUGAUAUGGAAACAGAAAAUAUUCCCUCUAUUUUCCUACUUGCCAGUUAUUGCUGUUUUAAUAAAUAGCUUUUUAUUUCAAUGAAUCAUGUGCAAAACUACCAUAAAUUUUCUAUUUUUAUGAAUCACAAUUGCUGGUAAGCCUAUGAAAAUGGUGAUAAAUACAUAGUUUACUUGCAUGUAAGACUGCAUGCAUCUGAUUGAUUGGAAACAUAUUUUGAAAGAUUUGAAUCUCAAAAAUCAUGUCCAACUUCAAUUAAUUCUUGACCCCCUCCCCAAAUGGGGGUAUGUGUGGGAUUGGACCGUGGUAAACUAUAUGUACUUCCAUUGAUGUUAUUCUAUUGUAAUCUGUUAUCUCUCAAAGCUAACAUUAUAUGAAAAUGAACUACAAAGUACUUUAUGUAAACAUGUUAAGUUGAUUAAUUUGAAAUAUAAUAAAGAAACUGCUUUAAUUGGUGCUCGUUCUUGGCUAUUUACCAAACUCAAACAAUAUUAUAAAUAUAUUCAUAUUUUAUGUGCCAUGUACGUUAAUUCUUUCCAAUGUUAAAUGUGGAUCCUCUAUGAUCAAGAGCUUUGGUAUCAAACACUUAUUGAAUUCUUAAUUUCAUUGAUAUGGAAAGUAUAUUCUUUUGAAAAAAAAUCCUAUUGUAACAUGGGUUCAAACAAGUAUUCUUCUUUCUCUUUGUGUAAAUUUGUACAUAAUUUUCUUUUUACUUAAUCUUGUAAUCUAUUUUCUUGUUUCAGUGUUAGCACAGUACACAAAGUGUGUAGAAGAUAGCAAAUGUAGUCAGUCGUACUUGCCUUAUGUGUUCUAUUUAUUUUUAUCUUGCUGUAUUCUGUUUUCCAUUCAAAGUACUUAGGUAUUCAUUCUCGAUAUUCAUUUAUUCAUUACCAUGUCUUCAAUAUUUAUUUGUUAGCUUGGCGAUAUAUACACACUCAUUGUAUCAUGACAUAUAUUAGUGAGAAAAAGACAAAGGAUCAUGAAAUAAGCUAGGGCAGUAUUCAGUCAUAAUUAUGCAUUCAUAUUGUAUUUAGUUUUACGAAAGGGAUGAACUUCUUUGCUUCAUGAUGGAGUACAAUUGAACAAAGCAAAGCUCACAUGUAAUUGUUUCAUUAAUUGCUUUGCGAACUAAUCUGUAAACUUUCAAAUUCAUAUUAUCAGAAUUUUCCGUGCAUAUUUGGCGAUAGUAUUUUAGUGUUAGAACUUACGGGAGCUUGUUUAGAAUUAUUUCAAAGGGUAAUGGAAUGGAAGAUGACCUUUUGUUAUAGAUAGAUUUGAUUGCAGAGCACUGCAACUGUCUGUCAUGUAUGGCAGUCAUAAUGGGGGGGGGCGGGUGACUUCCAAACAGCUUUAUCAUUUUAUAACCUUUAUUUUUAUACUGCUACCGCAUGAGAUACAGGAAAAAUACGCAAUUAUGAGCCAACUCUUUGAAGGUAGCAUUGACAAGGACAUGUGAUCAAAUACGUGUGUAUUUAAUUAAAAAUUUAUAAUGGUAUGCUGAAAAGGAGUAGAGGCACAUUGAACACAAGGCUGUA